AUGCGCUUGGCAAACCGGGCCAUCAAAAGGGAAGCGUACAUGAUGCCAACCUUCGAGGACUUUCUACCUCGGUUGACCGAAGCGCGCUUCUUCUCAAGACUCGAUAUUAAGGAGGCCUUCCACCAGCUCGAAUUGGACGAAGACAGCAGAUACAUUACGACGUUUAUCACCCACAAAGGACUAUAUCGCUACAAGCGUCUGCUGUUUGGGAUAUCCUGCGCGUCGGAAAUGUUCCAAAGAAUUAUGGAACAGAUUCUCUCCGGCUGCAAGAAUGUUGUGAACUAUAUUGACGACAUCUUGGUGUUCGGAAAGACGAAAUUCGAACACGAUCAAGCCCUGGAGAAGGUACUGACCAUACUCAAGGACAUGAACGUCCUGUUGAAUCACAGCAAGUGUGUCUUUGGAGUGACGGAGGUCGUUUUUCUGGGUCAUCACCUGUCGGCUAACGGAAUCAGACCAGCUGAGGACAAGCUGGCGGCGUUAAAGUCAUUUCGGGCACCGGAGAGCGCAGAGGAGUUGAGGAGUUUUUUGGGUCUGGUGAACUACGUGGGUCGAUUCCUGCCGGACUUAGCUACCGUGACAGCCCCAUUGAGGAACCUUAUCGGGACCGGAACCAGGUUCAUCUGGGAGGCGCAUCAUCAGGUUGCUUUCGUGACGCUGAAGGACUUGAUAGCGAACGUCCAGACUUUGAGCUAUUUUGACAACACGUUGAGAACAAGGUUAAUUGCUGACGCAUCCCCAGUCGCGCUUGGUGCAGUGCUGGUACAAUUCCGAAGCAACUGGGACGACAGCAAUCCGCUGAUUAUCUCAUACGCCAGCAAGAGCCUCACUCCGACUGAGAUGAAAUAUUCUCAAACCGAGAAAGAAGGAUUAGCUCUUGUCUGGGGAGUUGAACGGCACGCGAUGUACUUGCUCGGACGCAGAUUUGAACUCGAGACGGAUCAUAAACCCCUCGAAGCGAUUUUUGCUCCGUUUUCGAAACCGUGCGCACGGAUGGAAAGGUGGGUGCUGAGGCUGCAAGCGUACACGUUCAAGGUGAUUUACAAGAAAGGAGUAAACAACAUUGCUGAUUCGUUCUCGCGGCUCGCAACAACCUUCGAUACAAACGAGUUCGACGGAGAUAACAGCUACCUGAUUCUGUUGAUCGCAGGCUCAGCGGCCAUCGACACCGGGGAGAUCGAAGAGGCCUCAUACCAGGACGAGGAAUUUGCUGCUGUUCGCGAAAGCCUACAAAACGGUAUUUGGAAGGACACGCUCGCCAAGCCUUACGAAGUUUUCAAGAACGAGCUCGGAUUCGUUGGAGACAUACUAGUAAGAGGAACGAGACUGGUGGUACCACAAGCGCUACGCAAACGAAUGAUCGAACUGGGCCAUGAGGGUCACCCGGGUGAAACAGUGAUGAAAAGUCGACUACGUGAUCGUGUAUGGUGGCCCGGUCUUGACAAGGAGGUACUCCAAGCAGUGAAAACUUGCGAAGGGUGUCGUUUAACCAGCUUACCAGACCGACCGGAACCGAUGGCACGACGUCGCAUGCCCACUGAUCCUUGGAUAGACGUGGCGAUUGAUUUUCUAGGGCCGCUACCGACCGGCGAGUAUUUGCUGGUUAUAAUUGAUUAUUUCAGUAGGUACAAGGAGGUCGAAAUUAUGACGCGAAUCACGGCAAAGGACACGGCUAGUAGGUUGGACAGAAUCUUCACACGGCUGGGUUACCCAGUGACGAUAACUUCUGAUAAUGGCCGGCAGUUUGCAUCCGACGAGUUUGACCGGUAUUGCCGUGACAGGGGAAUCACGUUGAACUUCACCACUCCGUACUGGCCCCAAGAAAACGGUCUGGUGGAAAAGCAAAAUCGUUCUCUGCUCAAGAGGCUCCAGAUCAGUCACAGUUUGAAACGUGAUUGGAAAGCUGACUUACAAGACUACCUCAUGAUGUACUACACAACGCCGCAUACAACCACGGGCAAGACACCAACGGAGCUGGCUUUUGGGCGGACAAUACGUUCGAAAAUACCAUCAAUCAGAGAUCUACCAAGUCGUCCAGCGAGUACUGACACGGAGGACAGGGACCUGAUUCGUAAAACAAGAGGGAAAGAGAUAGAGGACGCUAAACGCAAGGCCAAAUCGUCGGAGAUAGCAGUUGGGGACACCGUACUGAUGCGGAACCUCUUGCCAGGAAACAAACUCACACCGAACUUCGGAACCAAGGAGUACACUGUUGUGAACAAGCAAGGGUCCCGUUUCACCAUCACUGACAAGGAAACCAACAAGACCUACCUUCGCAACGCAUCGCAUCUGAAGAAGGUCAUCACCCCUGACAGCCAGACCGAAGAGGAGACUUCUGCUGCACCAGGACCGCCAGAAGACAUGCCGGAUAAGCCGGUGCGCAGAUAUCCGGGUCUUCCGGAAGGAUUCAGAGAUUUCACGCUGUAA